GCUCACUUUUUCUGGAUGUCAGGAAAGUGGUCUGGAUUUUAUAAAAUUAAAAAAUCGGUCUUCUCCACAGGACCUAAAACAAAAACAUCACUGACUGAGAACAAAACACACGUUGAUUUGUUUUUCAAUAUGGCAGCCAGCGAUUGGGAAGAAAUUAAAAGACUUGCAGCUGAUUUCCAACGUGCACAACUGAGUUCUACCUCUCAUAAACUUUCCGAAAGAAAUUGCAUUGAAAUCGUAAACAAAUUAGUUGCGUUAGGAUUAGUUGAAGUUAUCUAUACCACAGAUGGCAAAGAAUAUCUUACGCCGAAACAGGUUGAAAGAGAAAUAAGAGAUGAGCUUAUUGUUCAUGGAGGCCGUAUCAAUCUGGUUGAUUUGCAGCAGAUUUUAAACAUAGAUUUAUCUCACAUUGAGAGCAAAGUGAAUGAGAUUGUUCGAGGAGAUCGUCAUUUUAGUUUGGUUCAAGGGCAGUUACUAGAUCGUGAUUAUCUGGAUCGAACAGCUGAAGAAAUAAAUGAAGCUCUUCAAGAAGCAGGCCAAGUUGCUAUUGCUGAUCUAGCAAAGACCUUCAACCUACCAAUUGAAUUUUUGUUGUCUCUUAUUGAAACAAGACUUGGCACACAAAUUCAUGGUCAACUAGAUCCAAUCAAUCGUGAUGUAUUAUUUACUGCAGCAUUCAUUGCUCGAAACAUAGCCAGAAUUAGAGGAAUAUUCAGUGCUAUCACAAAACCUACUCAAGUCAUUCAACUUGUAGCACAGUAUGGGUUGCCAGAGAAACUAUUUUUCAAUGUUCUGCAGACGUUAGUAGAAAGUCAGCGACUUUCAGGAGCUGUUCAAGGACGUCAAGAGAAAGCUAUCUAUGUGCCUGACAUCUAUUCUGAAACACAAACCAAUUAUAUUGAUUCCUUCUUUAAACAAAAUGGAUAUAUAGAGUACCAGUCAUUAACAAAACUCGGGAUAGCUGACGGACCACAAUUUAUAAAAAAAAGAUUUGGCAGUAAAAAAGACUGCAUGUACCUUUCAACAUGUUGCAUCAGUCCAUUGAUCGUUGAUCAAGUAGAUGCGGCUAUUGAUGAAGCACUGACUAAUAACUCCUGGGUGGAUGUUAGGCCUCUGGUUCCCUCUCCGUUUACAAAUGAAGAUGUCAACCUCCUUCUGCACUAUUGCAUGAAGAGCCCAACACGUGCACUCCACAGCGUUUUCUGUCAGCGAAUUGUUGCAAGCAGCCAGUUCAUUGCAAAAUGUAAAUCUAUCUUUGACCCCCUGAUGAAGAAUAAAGCUACUAAGGAUAUAAAAAUGUCCCCAGCCUUGUUUGCUGAGUUAACAAGGAAGGAAAAAACAGAGUUAACUGAGUCUGCCACGGGUGAAGGUAAGCAAGUUAAACGGGAAGAACGUCAGAAAAAAGCCGUUGCUGGUGGAGGGCAAAAAGGGGGUGCUGGCAGGGGUGGUCGAGAGUCUGGUACCAAAAAGACUAAAAAUAAAUAUCGAGAUCGAAUGAAAGGUAAUUUGGAUGAUGAGCUAGAUGAUAAACAAGUUGCGAAGAAAUCUGGAAAGCAACAAGAGCUUAAAUUUUUAAGCGAGGAAGAGAUUCAUGAUGUUUUAAUCGAGCACAUGAAAGAUUGUGAUGACGAAGAGUUUUUGAUGGAAGUUGCUUCUGUCAUUGUAAGACCGUUGACACGAGAUUAUCAGGAAGUUGCAAAAUCUAUAUUUAUGACGUCAUCGGGGACUUCUGUUGCCUCGAAACGUAAAUCCCAUCAAGAUUAUCAAGAGAAAAUCACUGGCCUCAUGCACAAUAUUAAAUUAUUUGAGAAAGGGCUGAAUCUUUUUGAGGAUGAAACGCGUGCGUUGCUAAGUAAACAUCUUCUGAGGACUGUGGCAUCAGAUGUUGUAAAUAUCGUUUUCGAAAUGGUUGCAAAUGAGAACUUGAUGUCACUUGCAGAAAAUGAAAUGUUUACUGCUGAGACACGCUUAAAGCUGUUGAGCAAACUUCCUGAACAAUGGAAGUCAGCAUUGACCAAGUUGAACUCUUCUCUUGGAAAGGAUUGUGAAGACUUCUACACUCAAUUUGAUCGUGUCGCUGGCGCAGACUAUUGCGAUAUUUUGAUCAGGAAGAUCGACAAGAAAAAAGAACGACAACUUCUUUUCAAUCAUCGUCAAGCGUUAAUAGAGGAGUUGAAUCGAGAAACUGAACCUGCCAUGGCUCUACACUUAGCUUGCAUUAUCCUAUUUCAAUAUCAUACAAAUACUUUGCUUCACGCGCCUGGAAGAUGUGUUCCACAAAUUAUCACGUAUUUACAAAAUAACGUAUCUGUAAACGAUUUCAAGAAGUUGAGCGACUAUCAAAAUUUGGUGAUACAACAACUGUCGAAAAAACGAACUAAAUCCGAAACAGGGGAAGUGGUACCGAACGAAAAUGAAACUGAUUCAGCGGUAACAUCAACAGCAGUAUUACUAGCAGAAGGACUAGCGGGAAUAAAAUUAGUUGUAAAAAAUAUGAAAAAAUCGAAUAUAGAAGAAUAAAAAGUUAAAAUUAAA